AUUAGUAAAGUAUAAAUAGCUACCAUAACAUGAAAUAUAUGUAAUUACAGAGAGUUGCUAGGAGACUGAUGAAGUAUUUACCAAUGGCAUCUGAGGAGUGGUUGAGACUUAUUGAAAGUGCUACGAAAACUGCAAUUAUCCAAGAUGGAAAAAGAAAAGUCCAUUUUUUAAUGGAAGAUGGUAGGGAAAUGGUAGAAGAAUACCAUUUAGAAACAAAUGUUUUAGUACGGAGAGCAUGGAAAGAGAAAGGAAAACUUGGACAAGAUGUAGGUUGGAAAGUAGAAAUUGGAGACCCUGAACCUAGACAAAAUAAUAUUGAAGUAUAUGGGAUUCAGGAAAGUUCAAGUGCUCCAUUUAUUACAAGAAGAAUUACGAAGACUGCACUUGAAUGGCGCAUAAGGAAUUUGCCAUAUCCACAGAAUGUAUAUAGCGUAACAGCAGAAGAUGAUAACACAAUAACUGUUCGUACAACCAACAAAAAAUAUUUUAAAAAGAUAAUAGUUCCAGAUUUAGAACGUGCUGGAUUAAAAGUAGAACAAGACAGAAUAUCCUUCAAGCAUCAAUACAAUACGCUAAUUAUUACGUAUAAAAAACCACCUGCACUUCUGGAGUUGGAAAAAAAGGUAUUAGAUAAAAUAUUACAAUUAAAAGCAAGAAAAGAUGGUGAUGUACAAUGUCCAACAAGCUAAUAAAAUCUUUUUUUCUAAAAA